CCCCUUGACAUGAACGUCUUUCAUCCAUCAGUUUCAUAGCAAAGCGAAUUCGGUGAAAUGGUGUUUAGGGUCCUUCAGAAUGUUCGAGAUUCUUCAUCCCCCAUCCUUCACUAACUGGACCAGCCCGCCCACCAAUGUACGAUCGAACUUUCGCAGAAAACGAACCGAUAUCAUCAGUGUAGAAUCCCUAAAUUAUUGUAAAACCGUGAGAAUCACAUCGACCCAAACGCAGACCAGAAACAUGACCUCUAGGGGCAGCGGUAGCAACCCAGAGAGGAAGAAGGAUCCACUAUCCAGUCCUUUGAACAUAAACGUGAAGGUGCUUCGGGAUGAGUGUGACUGCUCCCUCAGGAAGAGGAGGAAGAGCAAGCAAGGCGACGUGUCCAAGGAUCUGGAAUGUUUUUGUGCUGAAGGCUUGCCCAAGUCGGAUGCGGUACAGCCUAGCGCUGUGCAGGAGGAAAUUGUCAGUAGGAAAAAUGUUACGGAGGUCGAGGCCACAGCUGUUAAGCCUAAAGGUGGCGGCGGUAAAAGAUAUAUGCCGAGGAGAGAGGCUACUUUUGAGAAGUUGAUCACGUAUCAGGUUCAGGGUAGGGCGAUUGGUGACCCUACUGGGUUCGAUUGGACCAGAACUUACUGGUUCGGGGAAAAAGGAUCGGGGUUCAAGACCAAGCAGGGAGGACCUCAGGACUUUUACGCGCUACGCGAGCAGCAUCUGCAGUCGAAUACGCUGUUCGAGGACCCAGAGUUUCCCGCCAACAACUAUUCCCUCUUCGCCACUGGAUAUGCCGACAGACAUUUCAUCUGGAAGAGGCCAGGGGAAAUCUGCGAUGAUCCCCAGCUCUUCGUGGAAGGUUUUUCCAGGUUCGACGUACAGCAAGGAGAGUUGGGCGACUGUUGGCUGUUGGCAGCAGUGGCGAACCUGACCAUGUACAGGAGGUUGUUCUUCCAAAUCGUACCAGACGAUCAGGGUUUCGGCGAAGAUUACGCUGGAAUAUUCCAUUUUAGAUUUUGGCAGUAUGGUAGAUGGGUGGACAUAGUCAUAGACGAUAGGCUUCCAACAGAUGGGGGAAAGUUGGUCUAUCUCCAUUCAACGGAAGAAAAUGAAUUCUGGAGCGCAUUACUAGAAAAGGCAUACGCCAAAUUGCACGGAUCGUACGAGGCUCUGAAGGGAGGUUCCACAUGCGAAGCAAUGGAAGAUUUCACAGGUGGUGUGACGGAGAUGUACGAAUUGGAAAAUUCACCUCCCAACCUCUUCAAGAUUCUGGAAAAGGCCUUCCAACGUGCUUCUCUUAUGGGUUGUUCGCUAGAGCCUGACCCGAACGUUCUGGAAGCCCAGACCUCAGAAGGACUCAUCCGUGGCCACGCCUACAGUAUCACCAAAGUGGUAUAUCUCAACAUCUCCACCCCGAAUGUCACCGGAAAGAUCCCUCUGCUGAGGCUGAGAAAUCCCUGGGGUAACGAGGUCGAAUGGAACGGUCCCUGGAGCGACGGGGCGCCAGAAUGGAGAUACAUUCUCGACGCGGAUAAGAAGAAGCUGGGGUUGAUAUUCGACAACGACGGCGAAUUCUGGAUGUCGUACAAGGACUGGGAGAAGCACUUCGAUCGACUGGAGAUAUGCAACUUGAAUCCGGACUCUUUGUCGGAGAACGAAUCUCAGAACAAGAAGAAAUGGGAGAUGUCAAUCUUCGAGGGAGCUUGGGUGAGAGGAGUAACUGCUGGUGGAUGCAGAAAUUUCCUAGAAACUUUUUGGAACAAUCCACAAUAUAGGAUAACUUUAACGGAAGUAGAUGAAGACGAUGAUGACAACAAAUGUACUUGUAUCGUGGCCUUAAUGCAGAAAAACAGAAGACAAAUAAAAACAGUUUCAGGGGAGGAGCUGUUGACAAUAGGUUUCGCCAUAUAUUACCUCUCUAACCCAGACAGGGUACCCAAACCGCUCGACCUGAACUUCUUCAAGUACAACGCAUCGGUAGCCAGAUCUCCGUCCUUUAUAAACCUGCGAGAGGUGAGCUGCAGGUUCAAGCUGCCACCGGGAACCUACUGCAUAGUGCCGUCCACUUACGAGCCCAACGAGGAGGGAGAGUUCCUCCUACGAGUCUUCUCCGAGCACCAGAACAAUAUGCAGUACGAUGGUCCUUCUUAUUCCAUGAGAAAUACCGGGUACAACGAGGGGGAUAAUGAGAUUGGCGACGGUGAAGAAGGGGGUUACAGCAGCGGUAGACAUUUCGGUAGAUUCGACACCCACAGGGAUGACCCUUCGUACCCCGGCUAUCCCGGACGCGGUCCUAGCUAUCCCAGUCCCGAUCCACCUCGACACAACCCCAGCUUUCCCCAAGAUCCUUUCACGCAACCGUUCACCUCCCUGAUAAAUCAAUUCUUCCACACCGAUCUCUUCGGCGGCAAUCAGCAGCCCCAAAAUCAACCUUACCCGGCCGGUAACGCUCCGCCCUACCCUAAUCCCCCACCUUACCCCACCCCGGGGCAAUCGCCGGGGCCUCAACAGCAACCUUACAACUAUCCUAAUCCAGGAUACCCUUCAGGUCCACCCCCAGCGGCCUAUCCAGGUUAUCCGAGCGCUUCCCAGGGUUACCCACAAGGAGGCUAUUCCCCACCGCAAGGUGGAUACCCUCAAGGAGGCUACCAACCCCAAGGUGGCUAUCCUCCGCAAGGCGGGUACUCUCAGUAUCCGCAGAACCCUUAUCCUUCUAGUCCCCAAUCUCAAUACGCCCCCCAAUCGAGCUCCCCCAACAGGAGUGGAGCCGAAAGAGAAUUAGAACCGAUAACGAAUUUGUUUAAGAAGUUGUUCAAGUGAAGGACUUGACCAUAACGAAUCUUGGGGUUUACAGUAUUAUGUUUAUGACAUUCUUAGUUUAAUUUUUUUUACUCGUUCUGUGUACAUAAUCUGAGAUGUCUUGGGAAGGUCUGGUGCUUGAGUCAUCCGGGACUCGAUAAGAACAUUUUCGAUGUUCAAGUAUGACUUCUUCUCAAGGCAACUCGACGCUUGUGAAUUUUGUGCUGUCACAAGUUCAAGGCUUGACUUUUUCUUUAUCCGCCUCUAUGCUGUUUGUUUUUGUUCAUUUGUAAAUUGAACUUUAUUCAUAUAUUUAAUUUUUAUUCAGAAUAGUUUGAACUCUUAAGAUGCUACCUCUGCUUUGUUUGCUUUCUUCUCACGUUGUUUUCAGUUUGAGAGCCCUUUUGUACAUGAAAAAAAAUUAAGGAAACAUAUAUACAUACGAUAAGUAACAUA